GGUCUGUUCUAAGAAAUAAGGUAUUUUAUAAGUUAGUAUAAAUAUAGGACAGGUCGCCGAGUAAAGCACUCAGCUGUUAGACAGUGAUCGAGAUUCACCUAUCAGUGUAAGGAGACCAGUAAUCAUGAAGGUAGCGCUACUCACACUCUGCUUCGCCCUUGGAGUCCUCGCACAGGAUAUGUACGAGAAUGCCAACGACAACUUUGACAUCUCUGAGGUUCUGGGCAAUGAGAGGCUCCUCAACUCCUAUGCCAAGUGCCUGCUUAACAAGGGACCUUGCACUCCAGAAGUAAAGCAAGUUAAAGAUAAACUGCCGGAAGCUCUGGAAACUCGGUGUGCAAAAUGUACGGAUAAACAAAAGCAAAUGGGUAAGACUUUGGCUCAAGAAGUGAAGAAAAAUCAUCCCGACAUCUGGAAGCAACUGGUGGCAAUGUACGACCCUGAAGGCAAAUACCAACAAGCGUGGAAGGACUUCCUCCAAGAAUAAAACCGUAUAUGAAAAUAAAUACACCAUAAACAUUCCUAUCAAUUUUAAAAUUAAAAUUACAAAUAUUUUUUGUCUAAAUUAAUACAAAUAAUUAGAAAAUAAAGCAAUAUAUUACAAAUAUUGAUGGUUAACUUUUGGUUUCUUUUCACUUAUGCUCGGUAUAGUUUUCCAUCGCCUGUCGAAAUGAUUCGAAACAGACCCAGCCUUCUGAAUGAUGUUUUUUAGCUUCUUCCCAAAUCCUAUUGAAACCUUCAUCUGUAAACUUUUCACCAGACGCCUCAAAAACUCUUCUAACGACAUCUGGUUCUCUUUUUUGGAACAUAUCACGAUGUGAGACAAAGAAAUGCGUCAACACGCUUGGUGACAAACACGCUUUAGCAUCAGACUCUUGCGGAAGACAAAUUAUAUCUGCUUUACUCAUUCUAUCAGGGGUUAUGGGGUAAUUCAAAUCAAAAUAUCGACCUGAGGGUAAGCCAGCCAUUCGUCUAGUAUCCACCGGCUGCCCUGGUUUUACCAUUUCAGAAUAAGUAGUUCGAAAAUCAAGACAGUCUUCUGAUAUGUCAGGUAUUUUAGGGACAUCAGGAAGAGGUUCUCUAUAAUCAAAAAUUUGAACUAAUAUUUCAUACUUAAUUUUAGAACCGUCAAAUGCUCCCCAUGUUGAUAAAAGAGGCUCUAUCAGGUGAUGAUCGAAUCGAAUUAGAUGGGUUCCACAUAAUCUAUACACUAUUUCUUUGGGUAUCCAGCCAAUUUUUUCUUUAUCAAAAUAUUUAAGUUCAAAGUAAAACUUGCGAUAAAAACUUGGUAGUAUCCUUUUAGACAAGCCCUUUCGUACGGUAUUCAGAUGCUUAAAACACGAUCUAAAAAAAUCCAAUCCUUUGUUUAUCUCACAGAAAGUAAGACAUUCUGGUAAGUUAUCGGAAGGAGAGACCUUACCAAAAGCGUGGUCUUUGGGAACUGCAGUAAUGUUUUUGUUCGGAGCUAGUACCUGGCCCAUUCUUGCAUUAUGAGUAUCUAAGUAAUUUGCUUCGAUUGAGUUGAGUAUAAACCUAUGUGCUGUUCCGUUCAUAAUUGCAUCAUCAGUAAGACAACACCGAGCAUAUAUACCACGUUUGUCUAUACAGGAACGGUGUCCGUAUGUUAAGUCUUUGUUAAAAGGGGGUGCACAAUAUUUACGAUCUAUCUGGACGCCAGCCUGUUUUGAGUGAGGUGUUUUGUCAGGUAUUGGGUCUUUCGGGAAUAAAAACUCGUAUAGUGGCUGUGUAGUAUCCAAUUUUUUGCCAUACGUUGUUCCUUCGAUAUCAUACCCCGCCGGAAACAUUGGAACUGGAUCUUUCACUCUUCCAAGUGGUUUGUUCCAGUACGAAGUAUAAGAAGUUUCUUUUAAAUCAUCUACUAUGCUUUGAAAUUUUGUUUUGGUGGGUGGAUUAAUAAGAGCAUGAACUUGCCCACAGAGGCCCCCAUGCCGCUUAUCUAAGGGUAUUGGAUGACGUAAUGGUGGGAGAGGAGGCGGUUUAGGUGUUGGUAUGAUCGCGUCACUCAAUAGAGCGUCAACUUCAUCUUUGAGCAGAUAAUGUUGCAAAGCGUCUUUCACACCCUCAUCUGCCUGAGCCGAUGGAACACCAGCAGCAAAUACCCUCGAAUCCCGUUCUAUAAACUUCCCAAGAUUUCCUUUACCCCCUGUGGUAAUAGGUUUAGGACAUUCUUUAGGCAUUAUAAGUACGUUUCACUAAAACAUAACUUUACUAACAAAAAUAUUGUUCACAAAAAAUGUUGUAAGCUGUUUAUGUCAUCUUGACAUUGUUUUAUUUGUUUUUUAAAUUAAAUUGACUGAAAUAGUUUGUUCAUUCAUAGACACACUCUUUGUGAUGAUUAAGGAAAACCUUACUUAAAUGUAAAUGGGACAUGCAGGAAGUAUUAUGAGGAAUAAGGUGUUUCUGCCUUCAUUAAAACCAAGGGUCGGCGGCAAGUGAGCAUGAAUCAUAUGCGUAUCACUGACGUUGUAUCUGAUAAUGCACCUAUUACCAAUGUACUCACGUCUUGUAGAUCGUAAUAAUCACUUCUGUUUGUUCUGUGCGCACUUAUGGACGAUGACAAACAAGGCUUUAUAUACAACUAGGUAUUUCACUUCCUCCGCAGUUGUGUUUCUCUCACCUGGCUGGACAUAUUUCACAGUUCAUCAUGAAGGCUGACUGUGUGUUAAUUAUGACAUUAAUGGCAGUGGUGGCAGCUGACUUCUACAACUCCAAGUACGACAGUUUUGAUGUUCAGCCCUUAUUGGAGAAUGAUAGGAUACUACUGAGCUACACUAAAUGUUUCCUAGACCAAGGGCCUUGUACUCCUGACGCCAAAGAUUUCAAAAAAAUAAUACCCGAAGCUUUAGAAACUACAUGUGGUAAAUGCAGUCCAAAGCAGAAACAGUUAAUAAAAAAGGUAAUCAAGGCUGUGAUAGCUAAACACCCUGAGGCCUGGGAACAACUCAGUGAUAAAUACGACAAGGACAAAAAGUAUAAAGACUCCUUCGACAAAUUCUUAGCCGAACAAGAAUAAACGUAAUGUAGUUAUUGUAAAUUGUACAGGCGCCUUAUCAUUU